UUUAAUUAGAAUUCUAAUUAUUAUUUUAUAAUAAUGAGCAGUAAGAUAUGGAUUUAAUUAAAUAAUUUAAUUAAAUGUGCUUCAGUAUUAUUUUAUUUGUAAUUUUAAAUAUAACAACACAAAAUGGGCGUACUUGUACUAUUGUUUUUAUGUGUUUUCCAUGGGACUUCCGGUGUUAUUUACAGGCUAAAUGAGGAAGAAUACAAACGUAUGCCUCCAAUUUUCCGCAUGGAUCCAUACAACUCAUGUCUUCAACAUCCAAGUGGAUUGUACUGCUCAGUGGACAUGACGCUGGUAUCUGACGAGCCCAGCGAAUUGCUGACUAUGAUUCAGGAAUAUUCAGCGCAUACUGCAAAGCACUUCAACCACACCAGACUCCGCUAUUACGUCUGUGUAACAGACACCUGCAACACAUUUUAUUCUGACGACGCAGACCUCACUGCAAGUGUCGAGAGAUGCUUCAACGAUACUCUGUGGUCGGAGUACAGAUUAAAAAGCAAAAUAUCCGACUCCGACGUUAUUCUAUGCGACAGACAAGGAGAGAGCGUGGUGAUCAGCAAUGGAGAGUUACUUGUAGCAUUUGUUAUUACAUCGUUAAUCGUACUCAAUGCUACUGGAACCCUGUAUGGUGCUCUAUAUGUUUCUAAAAAGAUUCCAGAGAACAAAUUUCUUCUAUCCUUCUCCGUGCCUGACAACUGGAAACAACUAGUGACUCCAACUUCUUACAAGAACCAGUUCGCGGCUAGAUUGAGAGGCUUAAACGGUUGGAGAUCAAUAUUCAUGAUGUUCGUGAUCAUGGCACAUGUGAUCCUGCCAACGGUUGUAUCCCUCGAAAACGUCCACCACUAUGAACAGAUGUACGACAACCUUGGCUACCACAUAUUCUUCAACGGCGGCCUGAUCAUCCAGAUCUUCUUCGCCAUAUCCGGCCUCCUGCUCGUGUACAACUUGCUCAGCUACUCCGAACACAACGAGCUCACCUGGAUGUGCUUACCAAGAGGCGUGAUACUGAGGUGGCUGCGGAUUACACCACCAUACGCAAUCGUUUUAGCUUUUACGGCGACCUGGCUGAGGUACGUGGGCUCUGGACCACUAUGGAAGAAAGUAGUUGAAACAGAAGUGAAUGCCUGCCAGCAAGAUUGGUGGUACCACAUCCUGAUGAUCAACAAUUACAUCGACCACUCCGAGUGUAUGCCGCAAACAUGGUAUUUAGCGGCUGAUAUGCAGCUACACAUCCUAGGAAUGAUAGUCUUCAUUAUGAUCAAAAGCGAUAGAAAUAAGAAGUUGGCAAUGUACAUGAUGCUCUUUAUGGGACUUAUGCUUCCGCCUCUCCACACUUACUUACAAGACUUGAACGGAACCCUCCUAGUGUCCCCCGAGGUGCUAACGACUGUCUUCAAAUCGGACCCAACUUUCAACAACGUGUAUAAACGAGGGCACACGAAUAUGGCAAGCUUCGCGAUGGGCAUGUUGACAGGGUAUUACAUAUACUAUUGGCAGAGGCAUGGAUUUGACAUAAACAAAUACAAGAAAUACCGCAUUAUUUAUUGGAUGUUAAUACCUCUGGACAUCGUCAUCAUCCUGCUGGCUACUCUGUUCUACCAGGACAGGCCAACGGCGUCAAUCCUCGUGAGGACAGCAUACGCUGCCGUGAUGAAGCCGCUGUUUAGUAUAGCCGUGGUUUUACUACUCAUUGGAAUGAUAUUCAAAUUAGAGAAUAUAUACCGAGGUAUGUUCGAAUGGUCCGGCUGGAAUCCGGUGGCGCGAUUGUCGUACUGCGCCUACCUGAUCCACAUGCUACCCAUCAGGUGGCUCGGGGGACUGAAGACCGAACUCACAUACGUCAGCUUCUCACAAAUGAUAAACAAUUCAUUUAUGAUCCAGUGUAUUACGUUAAUCGCAGCAGUACCAUUCUGGCUGUUGGUGGAACGACCGAUAACACGUGUCAUCAACCAUUAUACCUCUUCGAAUAAGAACAAGGUUGCUGCAAAAGCGGCCUGAAAAAAAAAGAAAUUUAUAACAAAAUUCAUAAAAAUUUAUAAUCGUGCAAGAGCGUCAAGCAGCGCAACUGAAUCAAAUAAAUAUCUUUCUAUUCUAAAUAAGCGUUAUUUACCGAUAAUAUUGAAAUACCGAUCUAUCUAUCUAUCUAUUCUAUUAAAGAGCUGCGCUCUUGUCGGUGGAGCUCUUGCCACUCACUACGAUUUCCAGCGAGCCCCUUCACCUCUUGAUACGACACGACACCAACUCCUACCUUGAUCUGCCUGAUGUAACUAUGCCUCGGUCUCUCUCUUCUCCUCGUUCCUUCUAUCUUACCUUCUAUUAUAAUGUUCAUAAGUUCGUCGUGUCGUAUUAAGUGUCCCAACGUUUUUUCCCUUCUGUCCUCAAUACCGAUAUGAAGGAUCAAAUAUAAAAUUUUGGCAAAAGUAAUUACUUUUUAAAUUCAGGAAUAAUUGUAGUGUAUUGUU